CAAAGAGAUAUAAAAUGGGUUGAUACGAUGUAAAUAGAUUGUUAUAUUACAGAUAACGGUUUCAAUAUGAAUUAAAAUUAAAUUAAUUUUAGUUGUAUCAAUUAAUUCUUUGCGGAAUGUAGUCAACAUGUUGUCUUUGUUCAAUACGUGCAUAGUAGUUUUAAGUUUUAUCUUAUUUGUUAAAGUUUCAGCAAUAGACUUCAGGAUAAUUGGAGGUUUUGACGCGCCUGAAGAAUAUGGAAGAUUUCAUGCAUCUGUUCAGAAUCUGACUGGUCAUCAUGUCUGUGGUGGUGCUGUGGUGUCCCAGUGGUUUGUGGUUUCUGCAGCACAUUGUGUUCAUAGAGCGAAUCCUCGUUUUAUGAAAAUAGUAGCAGGAACCAAUAAUUUAGAUGUUGGAGGUAAAAGAUGCGGCGUUUCUAAGAUAAUAGUACACCGACGAUACAAUGCCACUAGCAGACAACAUGAUAUUGCCCUUCUCAAAACGAAUAGUCCAUUAGAUUUGCGAAUUAUCAAACCUUUGAAACUAAGUAAACGAGAACUUCAUGAAGGUGAUGAGAUCGUUUUAGUCGGAUUUGGUGCUAGUAAGCCACAUGGUUCUUCGAGUCGGGUUAUGUACACUUUAGAAAUGCCAGUUUUCAAUCAAGAAGUGUGCGAAUUCGCUAUGAGAUAUUCGAGGCCGGUCACCAAAGAAAUGUUUUGCACAUUUACAAAGAUUGGUCAGGGGACUUGCCAUGGAGAUUCUGGCAGUCCAUUAGUAAAGGGCAAUGAGCUCGUUGGUAUAGUGUCAUGGGGGAUUCCCUGUGCUGUAGGAUUCCCAGAUGUCCAUACAAGAUUGGCUCCAUACGUUGACUGGAUCAAAAUGCACAUUCACGAAGGCUAUUGCGGUGCCCCCAAGCGCCAAUUUUUUAAGAAAUAGUUGCGUAAUAAAAUAAAAGUCUGUUGUCAUUAUCCAGUUGUAAUAUUAGCUUUAUUACUAAAAUAUAUACCAGUUCUUAUUGUUCUAUUAUGAACGCUUAAUUCCUUUCUUUAAACAAUUUUAAUUGUUUCAUGUUUACCUGAAAUCGCAAAUUAUUCAUCAUCAUUAGGUACCUACCGAGAAAAUAAUCUUAAAGUCUUUAAGCAAACAAUUUAAACGUGUUUUUUAUUCUUGGUAUAAUCUGAUAUUAUAUGUCGAUAAAUCUAAUCAUGUGUGUAAAAGCGUAAUGAUCCAAAAACUCCAAUUUAACCUACCUUAUACUCUCUUUUAUCUGCUUUUAUAUCCAUUAUGACUGCCAUCACAGGCCUUCCAUGUGCGCACUGGAAUGGCGUCUUGCAGCUUGACAAUCCGUUUAACAAUUCGACGCAAUCACUCUUUGAAAGCUGAUCGCCAAAUUUUAUGGCAUAACGGCAAGCCUGAUAGAAAAUAAUAUAUUCAGUUUGAUUAUGUUGUCACUACGAUUAAUAGACAUUGCCUGCAAUUGCCAAAUUGUGAUUACCUAUGAA